AACUUGAAGAAGCUUUACGUGAUAGUUGUAAGACUAAUUCUGAACUUAUUGAUGAUUUUAAAAACUAUCAGAAGGUGCAUAAAAAGCUUAUUAAUAAUAUCAAACAGGAUAAGGUACAUUUGCAACGUAAUCUAAAUCAAACUAAUAAAGAUAAAGAAGAACUUACCAAGUAUAUUUAUCAACUUAUAGUUGAGAUUAAACGAUUAAACUCAGAAUUAGAUAAUUUAUCAUCUCAGAUUAAGCGAUCACAGAUUUCCAAUGUUGAGUACGAAACUAAGAAUAUUACUCAAUUAAGAAAAAUAGAAUCUCUCCAGUCUAUGAUUAAGAUAUUGGAAGGUAAGUUAUCUUCAGCCCAGAAAGAUGUGAUUUCUAUUCAAAAGUACUCAUCGAAAAAAGAGGCACGUAGUGCUUUGCUUCACAAAUCCGAGAUAUUAUCCCUCAAGUCUAAAAUAGCUGAAGUAGAACAUGAGCUAGCUUCAAAAGUCA